AUGAACGAACUACCGUCGGGCAUCAUAAAAGAAGUCUUCAAAUUCCUAACCUACAAAGAUGUGUUGAAAAACAAAAACUGCGUGUGCAGAGAAUUCCACUGCGCAGUGAAGUACAAUGAUUUGUGGAAAUGCUUCUACGGCAGGGAAUAUGCAGAUGACAUCAUCAAUAGAAAAGAAAAUGAUCCGUUUAAAGAGCUCUUUUACAUAAGACAUGAGGAGAAAAAAAAAAAUAAAUAUGUUUGUUUUCCAAAGUCUGCACAAGAACAAUUCUUAGAUAUGGAGGCAUCAUUACUUGCCUUGCGGGACAGCUCCUUUGCACAUUUUGACAUUUCUCAUUUGUACGACCCCCGUUGUUUUAAGAUGGACAGAAAGAUGUAUGCAAGGGAUUAUGGAGCUGGUUCUCCACCUGUGUCCCUUUAUUACACACGAAGAAGGGGUCACCAGAAUUGUAUCUCCGACGAGAGCCCUCACGAAGGCAGUAAUGACGCGGUAUCGAAUGGUAUAGCUACGUUACCCCUAUGUGAGCACUGGCAUCAUGGGGGGAAGAUGACGAACCAGAGGAGCCAACUGGCUUGCAUCCCUCACCCGAUGAACGAUAACCAGAUGAUGAACAAAAUUGGAGAAGAAUCAAUUUGGAAUGACAAAAUAAUACUUAGGGAGAGGGGGUUCCAAGGAGAAGAAGACAAAAACGGACACAUGUGUUCAUUCAAGCACUGCGAGUUUAAAUAUAUUCCAAAGAGCGAUGUGUAUAUAUGCACUAAAAGUAGGAAUUAUCACAUAUGUGAUGAUAAAUGUGAGCUAGCCAUUUCAUCGGACAUAGAGUGGGGCUAUUUGGUAUGCCCCUUGUCUGGAAAAAUGUUUGAUUGUUUAUCACAACCACAAUGUAGAAAAAGCUUUAAGAGUAUAAAUUCCACCAUUAAAUACAUUUUGACCUAUGACAUGGGAACUGGUGGCGCCUUCCAAUACCUCUCUCCCGAGGAAGAAAAUGAUUCUGGCGAUUCUUAUCCCCAAGAAAUGGAACCCCCCUAUGCAUACAGAAGAAGAUAUUCACAUACACGUACGGGUGAAAAUAGAGUUCAUGGGGGUAUGCGCAAAAGGGGGAAAAAGCAAAGUGACAAAAAGCAAAGUGGUCGUAUUCCCCCUGCCACCAAAAAUAGCGUCUUCAAAAAGAUACUCGAUUCGUACAUGGGAAGCACGAAGGGGUGCAAACGGGGACCCAUGCGCAACGGGUAA